GGCCCUGAGGGCUUGCACAUCAAAGUGAUACAAACGAGGUGCACGGAACGAGAGCUCAUAGACCCGUCCAAGAAGAAAAGCCUGGACGCACUUAUCUAUCGAGAGGCGCAGAGGGGCAGCGACCGCUUCAACAAAGUGGACGGUCAACCGGGUUUUUUCGCCUUGGCUUCUAAGGAGGAUAAGGCGUUGAUGGUACAGCGCAAGGCACAACGAGCAGAGAAGGUGCGACUAGAACGGCACAGGAAGAGAGCGUCUAACGAACGCAAACUAAGGUAUCUGAAGAAGACAGUGCGCAUGAUGCUGUUCAUUAACACAGCAAUGCACGAGGAGAUGAAAGCGUUAGAAGCGUCCGCAAGGGUAGGUACCACAACUACUAAGCACACAACCAUUAAACACACAACCACUAUACACCUAUAG